CUACAGAAGCAACUAAUUACAACAUCAGUGAUAGCAGCGAGCAGAGCAGUGGCAGCGGCAGAAAGAGGCAGUAGCCCAAACUCUCCAACGUCUCCCGUCAAAUCUCCCACCUCCACCUUCAUUCUGCGGGCGAACGCCAGUGGCGCGGCCCCAACCUUGAUCCAUCAGGCUGCAAAGCACAAACUGAGCAACGGCAGCGGCAGUGGCGGUGUCACUAGUGGCGGUGGAUCGGAGAUUCCGCGCAAAUAUCUGCUGGUGUCGGAUGGCAAGGGCAGUGUCUACCCGGCGCCAGACAGCGGCACCAGUGCGACAGCGGCAGGAGGCUCCACCGCUAUUGCAUCCGCGGCCGCCUCCGCCUCCGCCUUUCUGUUGGGUGCCAUCCAUGGGGUAGGCGUGGGCAAUGCCAUUUGGCAGGAGAGUCAGCGGCACCACCCCCAGCACCAGCAACAGAAGAAUGUCCUGGGGAAGACAGGGAUACCACUCACCCCGCCACCGAUGCCCACACGCAAAGCGGCCGACACGAAUGCCCGUAUACGCUCGUACUCACUGUCCUCCCAUAAAUUUUCAGCGCCCGGCCAAGGCGACAGCCAGCAGCACCACCACGCACUGGGCUAUGUGAAUGGCGGACGGGGGGUGGGCGGCGCAAGCAGCUCCUACCGCCAGCCCAUCAAUGUCCAGGCGGCAGCAGCGUCGAUAGCCAGCAGCUCCUCCGUUUCGACAUCGGCGCCAGCGGUGGGAUCACAGCUAAGCCACGGCGGACGGAGGCGCACAACCAGCUCCAACAGCAACGGAGCUGGGACUCGGGAGGUGCACAACAAGCUGGAGAAGAACCGUCGGGCCCAGCUGAAGGAGUGCUACGAUCAGCUGAAGAGGGAGCUUCCCAUGGGGGACGAGGAUCGCAAGAAGACCUCCAAUUUGAUAAUACUCGAUACGGCCCAUAAAUAUGUCAAGCAAUUGAGGCAGCGGGAUCGCGAACAGGAGGCGGAGGCGGAGCGUCUGGCCAAGCAGAAGAUUGAGCUGCAAAAGCGAUUGAAUAGCUUGAAAAGGGACACCGACCAGCAGAGCAUUCCACUGAAUGAAAAAGCCGUUUGCCUGGCGGCCGGCUCAUCAGCAUCCGCAACAGCCAGUGGACGCAACGGAACAACCAUACUGUUUGAUGCCACAACAGCCUCUGCCUGUGCAACUGGGCUAACAACUGUGAUAAGCAAAACGAAUGCAACAACACCAGCAGCAACCGCCGCCGCCGCAGCAGCAGCAGCAGCAGCAAUAGUGGGUGGAGGAUUAGGAGCAGGAACCAACUCCAAGCACAUCUCCUCUGCCAGUGGGAAAGCUGUGGCUGUGUCUGUCGCUACUGCUGGAAACCACUUGAUCUCCGGUAAUGGAAAUGGAACCGGAAACGGGACCACCACUGGAACAGCCAUCAUGACAAUUAAGAACGGCAGCAUUCUGGCCAUCUCACCAACGGCCAUCCAGCAUAACUCCCAGCAGAGCAGUCCGGCGGGCAGUCCCACGAGCGUGACGAUGGGUGCAACCACAACACGUGGUUCGCCCACACCAUCGACGCCGUCGCCUUCGCCCAGCUCCUCGUCGAGCGGUGUCUCGUCGUCGGCCUCAUUCAUGAGCUCCUCAUCAUCAUCGUCGUCCUCCUCCUCAUCCUCGUCGUCGUCGUCCAGCUCAUCGUCAAGCUCCUCAUCGUCGCCCUCACAGACGACCGCGCAUCUAUUGGGAUCGCGCAGCGUUGGCCUCAAGUAUCAUGGGGCCGCAGGCGGCCCUGGCACCGCCCUGAAUGGAGGCGCCACCAUAGUGGCAACCGCAGUGCCAUCAGCUGCGGGAUCAGCGAAUGGCUUCCAUCCGGCGGACAAGGAUCGUAAUUACAAUUUCUUGAUGCUCAGUGCUGGCACAACGGCGCAGUAAUUUUGUGGAGGAAGCAGGAACAGCCAACAGUCAACAAACAAUUACAAAAACUAUAACAAUAAAAAAAGAAACAACAACAACAACAACUGCAACAACAGCAACAACAACUGAAUUGUGUGCAACAGCUCCCACCUUAUAAAAUGUAACAACACCAACAAAAACUAUGAGAAGAUGAACUAGAAACCAAUGAAAUAACAAAUGAUGAUUGUUCUUCAAGAAUCUUCUAAUUUUCUUUGUCAACAACAACAACACUUGGCACACACACACACACACACCACACACACACA